AUGCCUGAGCCUCUCAUCGCUAGCAUUGGCGCGAUGGGUAUUCUCAAAAAGGCAUUCGCCGUGACUGGUUGGUCAGCCUUUGGCGCGACUACGGGAUACUAUCUCUGGACGAGGAAGAACAGGAUCGUUGACGUCCCGCCCUCGGACUACCUGUUCAACCACACAUUGUAUGCCAGAUACAACCCAAACAAGGCGCCAGUGACACAAGAUCUGUGCUUGAGAAAGGUCCCGCUCAGUAAGAUACGGCCUGAGCUGUUGGAGAAGGAAGGGAAGCUGGUAGAGGCAUUCUGUGCUGGCAUAUGGGGAGGUCCAGGAUUCGCCUAUCAACGCUCGUACCUCGAGAAGAAAUAUCGCAACGACCCCGAGACUUCCUCGCACCUGUGGGACACCAAAGACUUGAAAAACAACACAUACGAGGUCGGCACAAAGAUCACAGAUCACUUCGAGGUGGUCUCUAAGACAGCGGACUCUAUCAUCGUACGAUGUGGCGACUCACCUCGAAGGCAAGGUGUAAGAGAUAGCGAUGGCCUGUUUGAGAUGCUGGUAGACGUGAAUGAGGACGAGGGUGUGGCAGAAUUUGGUCUGAAGAGCAUAUUCUACAAGGGAACUGGAGAAGCAGCCAAACCAGGAGAGGAACCGAAGGGUCCUAUGCCACCACAUAUCCAGUGGCUGCACAAGCAGUAUGAUAAGAUCUGGAUGGAGACUGCGCUGAGCAAUGUGACUCGGUAG